CAUCAACCACGACCCGAGCCGCAUUCCUGCGGACCUGCCGGAGGCGCGGUGCCUGUGUCUGGGCUGCGUGAACCCCUUCACCAUGCAGGAGGACCGCAGCAUGGUGAGCGUGCCCGUGUUCAGCCAGGUGCCAGUGCGCCGUCGCCUCUGCCCGCUGCCACCACGCCCUGGCCCCUGCCGCCAGCGUGCCGUCAUGGAGACCAUUGCAGUGGGCUGCACCUGCAUCUUCUGAACCGGCGGCUGAGGGUAGCCAGAGACCACCCUCCCUGCGCUGCGGCGCCAAGCGAGGCCCAUGAAGAGUA